AUGGAGCUUCAGGAUGACACCAUCCAACAUUACAGCGGACAUUUGGAUGAGGUGUCUUUAAAACCAAGAGAGUACGUGAAGAAAAACACCCUCCUGAAGUACAAAGUCACCUGUGCUGUUCUGGUGUGUGCUUUGGUGGUUGUAUCCCUGGGACUGGGUUUAGGACUUGGACUGAACCGUGGAGACCAGGAGCAAGUCAGCUGCAGGCACAAGUGCAAUGAGCCUCACAGGAAAGAGGUGCCUGGCUGCCGGUGUGACAGUGGCUGGCAGGAGGAGCGCCGGGACUGCUGCUGGGACUACGAGGACACCUGCGUGGAGCCAACGCAGUCUUGGAGGUGCACUAAUUUCCGUUGUGGUGAGACACGGAUACCUGGAAGUUACUGUUCUUGUUCUGAUGACUGCUUGCAGAAAAAAGACUGCUGUGUAAACUACAACAGUGUUUGCAAAGGUGAAAUACCUUGGGUAGAAGAACCAUGCAUAUCACUUGAAACUCCUCAGUGUCCAGCUGGGUUUGAUCUGCCACCACUUAUCCUUUUUUCAAUGGAUGGGUUUAGAGCAGAAUACUUGCAAACUUGGAGUUCUUUGAUGCCUAAUAUUGCAAAACUCAAAACGUGUGGCACACAUUCAAAAUACAUGAGAGCUGUUUACCCCACAAAAACCUUUCCAAACCACUAUACUAUUGUCACAGGAUUGUAUCCAGAAUCUCAUGGUAUUAUUGAUAACAGCAUGUAUGAUGUAGACUUGAACAAGCAUUUCUCACUUUCGGGGAUGGAAAAAUUCGAACCUUCGUGGUGGAAGGGACAGCCAGUCUGGUUGACAGCAAUGUACCAAAAUUUGAAAGCAGGGACCUUCUUUUGGCCAGGCUCUGAUGUUCUGAUUAAUGGAACAUACCCCACCUUGUACAGUGUAUACAAUAG